AUGCUAUCUAAAGCUAAUUAUAUCCCCUCAGGCCGCAUACCCCUGGCGCAUUGUUUUUCUAUUUCUGACAAUCUGCAGUCAAAACUUAACAUUUACCACCACACUCUUUGCUUGCCAUUUUCAGGUGUAGCGCUUUUUCUUUUCAUCCCAUGA